CGAAGGUUGUUCAUUUGAACAGUUAAAACUUUUAAGGAUUUGUUUUAAAGUUUAAAACUUACUAUUAUAACAACAAUUAUUACAUUCAGUUUACAUACGAUAACAAAACGAAGAUUUAUUUGUGUAAAGUUUGUGGUAGAAACAGUUUUAAGUUUAUAAUUAAACUUUGAACAGUAGUGAAACGUGUGAAUUUGUUUUUAUGUGAAAAUUGGGGAGUGUUUAGAAAUCUUACGAGUUUUGCGAGUGCUGGACCGGUUUAUCUUACAAACAGACAUGCUGCGAAGGAAAAGAAACGUGAAAUUAAUACUGAUAACGGUAUUAUCACUCGUCAAUGUUUCCCAUCAAUAUGGCUCUGGAGCUCCGCCUUUGGCCUGCGUAGAUCAAAUGCCACGACACAGCGACAUCCAAGCACAGACAUCGGUGCCCCCAUACGCCAUAUUUACGUCAGCGUCACAAGUAAGGCAAGGAGAUGUGCUGAACGUUACCAUUGGUAGUCCAUUUGGUGCACCGGCACCGAUUGGUGGAUUUAUCUUACAAGCGCGAGGAAUACAAGAUACCGAGAAGAUUGUAGGGAAAUUCACAAAAGUUCCAGACCCUAACCUCGCCCAAAUCACUAACUGUCGUGGUAACAACGAUACUGUCACGCAUACCAACCCAGAGGAGAAAGCUCCUCUCACCUUCACGUGGCAAGCGCCUGAAGACUUUUUGGGAGGAAUUGAAUUUAGAGCGACUGUUGCACAAGGUUACGCUACAUUCUGGAAGAAUGUAGAAUCCCCACUAGUCGAAGUGGUCACCCCAGACACGGUGAUCACUACCUCUUUACCUAGCGUCUCAACACAGCGAACGACACAAGGACCACCAGUAAUUAUGGAAUCUAAGCCAAAAGCAACGCCAACAUCGCUCGAUGUUAUUUACCAAGGAUGCGAGGACACAAAACUAUGUUUUGGAAUUCCACAAAAUUGCAUAUCAAACGGAAACUGCAAAGUCAUCGUUGCUAUCUUCGUCGCCGGUGACACUUACACGUUCGAGAUCCAAGGGAUCAACAGCCCUAAGUACGUAGCGACAGGGUUGAGUUUAGACAACAAAAUGGGAGACGACAGUGCCAUGGAAUGCGUCAGGAACGACAACGGGAGGAUCAACCUGUUCACUUCCUGGACCUACCCAAAAGUCGAACCGUACGUCAGGAGGUCAGAUUCGCCGCAGGACAUCGUACAGCUUCUAGAAUCUUCGAUGAUCGAUGGGAAACUGUACUGCAAGUUCAAGAGGGAUACCGUCUCCACGGUCAAGGGCCAAACAUUCGACUUAGCCAAUAACAUGUACAAUCUGAUGGUGCUGGCCGGGGAUUCGAUGAAGGACGCGGACCGCGUGGGCUUCCACAACGUGGGCUACGAGUCGACGGGCGCGGCGCUGCGGCUGUCGGCGCCGGGCGCGGCGGCGGGCGCGUCCCGCGUGCUGCUGCGCCUGCACGGCUGCUGCAUGCUGGCCGCGUGGCUGGGCGCCGCCUCGCUGGGCAUCGUGCUCGCCAGAUAUUUCAAGAAGACAUGGGUGGGAAAAACACUCGGAGGAAAGGAUAUUUGGUUCGCCUAUCACAGAAUACUGAUGGUACUCACGUGGGUGCUGACGAUGGCCGGUUUCAUUUUAAUCCUGAUCGAUGUUGGUGGCUGGCAAACCACUGGAGACAACCCUCACGCCAUCACCGGUAUUGUCACUGUCGUGCUUUGCUUCAUACAGCCUAUUGGAGCCUUCUUCAGACCUCACCCCGGCACUAAGCACCGGCCAUUAUUUAACUGGUUACAUUGGCUUGUUGGAAACUCCGCACACAUUUUAGGAAUCGCGACCAUCUUCCUGGCGGUGUACCUGCAGAAGGCGCAGCUGCCGCCGUGGAGCGUGUUCAUCCUCGCCGCCUACGUCGUGUUCCACGUGCUCGCGCACAUCGUGCUCUCGCUGACGGUAUGCGUCUCAGAGGGUCGGAUAAGCAACGGACGAGUGAAUUCGUUCCCUAUGAAGGAUAUGUUGGGCCAUUCCCGGCAAGUUACAGCAGUGGACAGAAGUUCCGAUGCACCGUUCUCGGUCUUCAGAAAGCAUCUACUUGGAGUGUAUGCUCCAAUCAUCUUAUUGUUUGUGGUGGCCAUGAUCUGCCUCGUCGCAUUGGCCCCUAUCGGUGAUACCUACAAUAGUUUGAUGGGUGCAUAAAUUAAU